AUGAAUGCAGUACAUAUAGAGGUCGUUUCUGACUUAUCCACACAUGCGUUCAUAGCUGCAUUACAUCGUUUCAUUUCACGACGGGGUAUUCCAGCUCAUAUCUAUUCUGAUUGUGGAACAAACUUCCAAGGCGCUGAUGCACUAUUACGCGCUCAUUUGCGAGAUCCAGUUCUUCGGGAACUCUGUUCCACCCAGAUUCCAUGCCAAUGGCAUUUCAAUCCUCCUGCAGCCCCUCAUUUUGGGGGACUGUGGGAAGCAGCUGUGAAGUCAACAAAAUAUCAUCUCAAACGAGUUAUUGGUAGUCAGCUGUUGACAUUUGAGGAAAUGUCCACCUUAGCUUACAGAAUUGAAGCUGUGCUCAACUCAAGGCCACUUGUGCCACAAUCACCUAACCCAAGUGACCUACGAGUGCUAACUCCUGGGGAUUUUUUGAUCGGCUGUCCAUUGGUCGCGUUACCAGAACCAGAUCUGACCUCCACGCCAAUGAACUGGUUAUCUCGAUGGCAGUUACUAACCCAGUUCCAACAAUCGUUUUGGAAACGUUGGUCGUCAGAAUACCUGACCACGCUUCAGGGCCGGUCGAAAUGGUAUCGUAAGCAAAGGAACAUCGCAGUUGGAGACCUGGUGAUAGUGCAUCAUCCAAAUACAUCUCCAACACAUUGGAAAUUAGGGAGGGUCGAGUUGACCCAUCCGGGCGAGGAUGGAGUGGUCAGGGUCGUUACCAUUAGAACAAGUGACGGAAGUUACAAACGGCCCGUCGUGAAGUUAGCAGUUCUGCCUGUCGAGGAUGAACAGGAUUCCUGA